AAAAAAUACUACAAGUCCCUCUUUUUUGGGCUUGUAGAUGUUGCCAUCGUGAACGCCUACAUUGUCUUCCGUGAGGCGCAAAAGGGAAGCACCGAGAAGCCUGUGUCGCACGCUGAGUUUCUGAUGGAGCUGCAUGCUGCGUUGCUGGACUUGUCAGAGAGCGACUUCGCCGAACAAGUAAGUUUUCCAUGCUCUGGUGAUGUGCCUCCUCCGUUACCACCGGGCCACGAGCCCCAGGAAUGCCCAGAGUACCAGUAUGUCAAUGGGGUACGCAAACGUCAGCAGCGUCAGUGCAAGGUCUGCUCCGUUCUGAAGCGCCGGGUUGGAGAGCGUCGCGCCACGAAGUACUACUGUGCUGCCUGCAGCAAGUCGGACAAAGGUCGGUACGUGGAUGUCUGUUACCAGAUCUGGCAUCACAAGUGGGAAAAUGGAACGAAGCGCCCGAAGCCGCGGUGCGGACGAGACUUCCAAAGUCGAGAGGUAGGUGCUAACAAGUCCGCCGGAAAGCGCAAGCGUCAAAGCCAAAACAACGAGGAGGAAGAUAGCGAGGAGGCAGCUAAACACAUCAGCAGCAGCAACGUCGAAGGAGAUGUACGUUCCGGCGAAGGUAGUGACAGUGAGUAG